AUGGCAUUCUUUUGCGGAAGAUGUCCAAACACAGUUUUAUCAGGCAUUUUGACGAUAUUCAUAGUAUCUUUCACCUUGAUCAUUAAUGACCAUGCUGUGACAGCACAAGUCUGCGUGGACGAGAAUACAUGCCGAACGGAACCAGAGAAUGAAAGAGAAGUUAAACUUCGUCAGACGCUAGAUGAACUAAUUGUGUGGAUCAACGAAAAUGAUGGAUUUGUGAAUCCAAAGCUGGAAAUCCGUUCCUUUCCGUUACACUUGGAACUGAAAGAUCUGGUUGAAAGAUUCGAAGAAGAAAGUGCGGAUAGCGCCAGCGAAAGUGAAGAUUAUGAUGUGACAGUUGGACGCAGCUUUUCCUUCGGUAUUUUCGUCAAAGACGGCGAAACAGUAGAAGAGGGCGAAGAACUGCUGGAAAUCCCUGAAGAUUUGAUGAUAUUUUCAGAUAUUUUCAGUCCUCAUCGAUUUGACAGCAUUUGCUUGCUAGCUGAAGAACUUGCUGUCCAACGCUAUAAUCACGAACAUGGUCAAAGUACCAUCGCGCCAUAUAUGGAGCUAUUGGAACACUUUGUCUUCGAAGAGGUCAAGCUACCAAUGUCGUGGAAAUCAGAAGCCCAACAUUUGUUGAUGGCAAUCACAACGGCCGACUUCUUUGUUCCCUUGCACUUUUAUCAGGAAUGUUUCGACCAUAUCAUCAAUGGAGUCAACAAUAGGGAGCCCCGAUUCAAGCCUGAAGACAACCUGCCUUAUUGGAAUGAGGCUGUCGAAGUUGCACAAGCAUUGGCUCGAAACGACACAAUUAUGGUUCCCAUUUAUGAUAUGAUUAGUCACUCCAAUGACCCCGACAAGAUCAAUAUAUUUCAAGCAAGAGCGACUGAUGGGGAAGAUGACGAUGAUGGACGUAUGGUUGUUUAUGCCAAGCGACAAAUUCGGUCAUCAGAGGAACUACGACAUUCUUUUGGCCUCGGACAAAUGGAAGACGAUCAAUGGAACGGGGUGACAAAAUUUGGGAUGGGGACCAUGCGAAUGUUCCAUGAUUAUGGCAUUAUAGAAGGAUACCCCCAGCGAUGGUAUUUCCCGGCGCAUAUGCUUGAUUUCGCAGUGGACGAAGUUUUCGACGCUUCAGGACAACGAGAGCUAAAAGUCAGAUGGAACUCUGAUGCGUAUCCAGACCAUGAUGCCAUCUACACUUUGCAAGUCUUGCACGAUCGACUCGCUGAAAUCAAGGAGAAAAUGAAUUUCUGGUGGGAUGUUGAUAAAAGGGCUGACUUUGUUAGAGGAAUAAACCCUCAAGACUUAAAACGGGCAUAUGAAUUCCUUUGCAAAUACCUCGAUGCUGUGGAGGUAGGUUUGGAAUCAAUGAAGUCGAUGCAUGUCCCAGACGAAUCAGUCUACAUGGUUGAGGAAGAAAAGGUUCUCAUCAACAACAUGGAUAGUAUCUACUUCCAAACUUAUCAAUGCAACGACAUGAUUGUCAACAUCACCAAUGGUUACUUUCAGCACAUUGAAUCACUCAGAUCAGCAUACCAGAAAAUUGAAUACUUUUUGGACCCAGUGACACAGGAUAGAUGUCUCUAUCUUGAUGGUGUCUAUCAACAAUGCAUUUCGUACUGGCCACAUUAUCAUGAGCUCGUCGUCCACAAGCCUGCCAAAUAUCUCAAGGAAGAUCUCAAGCGAGUACUUUGGGUUGGCGGUGGCGACUCGGGACCGCUGAAUGAAUUUCUGAAGUAUCCAAGCUUGGAGUUGGCAGUAGGUCUCGAGCUGGACCAGCAAGUAACUCGACUCGCGUACAAGCACUUUGCCUCUCGACCUCACUUUGAUGAUCCAAGAGUGCAAUGGUGGUAUGGUGAUGCUUCCAAAUCACUACUGAUGCUUCCGAAAGAUUAUUUCGGAUCCUUUGACUUGGUAAUUGUCGACUUAUCCGACACGGUAUUCUCCCUGUCAGUAUCGGCAGAGCUAGACGUGAUUGAAGCCAUUAGUCUUUUACUUCGACCAGGAGGUAUCUUUGAAAUGAAUGAACUGUUCAUGAGGAAAGUGAGCAACGUAUUUGAACAUGCCAUUCACUACAGCUUUAACGACGUGCCCAAGAUUUUGGACCAAGCGGCAAUCUUUGCCAGUAACGAUGUCAACUUCCUUUAUCAAGAGCUGACAGAGCACGAGUUUGUGGAAGAUGCCACCUUGUUGGUAGAAAAGGACAGCAUGCUGACAAGGCAUCAAUUCGAUCGCGUUCAUGACUAUAGACACAAUCCAAACUCCGCAUUUGUUCAGCUAUGCAAAAAGAUGAAACAAGCAGAAGAGGAGGAAAUGAAGUAUGACAGCAAGCCUCAAACCACUGCUCCGGGUAUCACAAUGAUUGUCGAAGCCGAAAACUUGACUACUGAUCUAUCGUUACCAUCAGCUAUACAAAGCUCCAUCAUUAAUGCGAUCGAACGACUUGGCUUGACUGUAGUAUCGGACAAGUUCUCAGCGCAGGAAUCUCCAUUCUUCAUCAUCACAAUGAAGGAAGGAUAUGUCGUGGUCCGAUUGUGGUCGAAAGAAAAGUACUGUGCUUUGGAUAUUCAUUUAUGGAGUUCAUUCGACAGUCACGAAGGUCUCAAGAAGGCAAUCGUGGUUGACGCUUUGGGUGGCGACUUGAACAACAAGUCCACAUCAUCGUACCGUAUUGUGACAGGAGGGAUGUUUGGAUUGCAGGAUUGGAGGGAAGAAUCCAAAUUGCACGGCCCUCAGUUGAGCAAAGCGUGUGUCGAGAAGGAGGAAGUGUUGCGAGACCAAGCAUCACCUAUUGAAGUGAAGAUGCAAGCACUGAAAUUGAGUCUAGAAGUCUUGCAGGGCACUGGCUUGACUGCUGCUGUAGCAUGUGGACGGAAGGAAGACAAGUGCACCUUUGUGGAUGUUGUAAAGGCUGAUUCAAAGUUCGAACGGGUGAUCCCCCUUUACGAAGCCACCGUAGAAGAAGGUUCGGACCGAAUGACUCGUAUCACACGCUCUAUCGAUUUCGCGAAAGAGAUCCUUGACCCAUUCCUACAAGCAGACCCUCCGAUCUUGGUGGACGCCAUCUUUUUCGACCUGAGCUCCACUCCGAUAUCAAACGAGGUUGUGGGCAUGAUGAAUGCUGAGCAUCGCAUACAGGAUACAAAUAUGUUUUUUGCUUCCACGACAGAUUCACAACCGGAAAUCUGGCGAAGAAGAUUUUUGAGUGCAAUGCGAGAUGAUUAUGAUGUUGAUCCACUCUUCCGAGGACAAGUGCUGUUAAACACAACGACUAGCAGUCUAGAAUUGUCGAUUCUGGUCGAUGGGAACCCGAUGUUCAUGCAGCAUCUUACCAAGGCUGUCGCUCACUCACAAGCAAAGAACCCAGAUGUUUCACUGGAGAUUCGAAACAUUCUGGGUGGAAGCAUUCGGUUAGAGAAGCAAGCCGAUUGCAAUGAUGAUGAUAUUUCGCAUGUAACGGUGGCUGAAGAUUAUAACCACGAUGAUGCAAGAAGUCAAUGGGAAACGCAAACUGCCCUAGCUACCCAGACGUUACUACAAUUCUCAAACCUUGUGGAUGGAAUGCCUACUCUGUUGAAUAAGAAUGACUUGGUCAUGGCAUGUGCUGCAGCUUUUGCGACCAGAAUGGGAUCCGGAUCCUCUAUGAAAGUCUACGAUGAGUUUGGAGGUGACGGCGCUAUUUGUGCUGGUACCUGGGAAACUGGGACAGCUGUUGUGUCAUGGGAUGGAAGGUAUGGAGUGGAUUUGAACAUUUUCAGUACAUCGGAUCUUCCCGAGCUACAAGGUUUUGAAAGCGACAUCAUGGAGCGACUGACGAAUCUUGGAGGUUGGCUCCGUGACAUUCAGCCACGGGGAUAUGGCCGCGUGGUAAAUUUCAAAGAAGGCAUGCUUGGCAAAGCUAGUUUCUUCACAGACGAUGAACCCGACACUGAAGAUUGA